AUGGAGACUUUGAGUGAUGAGAUCUGGGAUGUCGUGAUAGUCGGUACCAGUAUACCUCAGUCUCUUCUGGCACUGUCGCUUUCACGAUCAGGCAAGAAAGUCCUGCAUGUCGACCGUCACUCCUACUAUGGAGGUGACGAUGCUGGUCUGAGUCUCCAGGAUGCGGAGGACUGGGUUCAAGACCUGAACAGAUCUUCGAGCACCGUCUUCCGAACACCCUCCGUGUGGAGACCUACUCGCAGGGAUGAAGACGAGUCGGCGAUCAAAUCGGGGUCGUCUAGGUCCUACACGUUGAGUCUGAACCCGCAGAUUAUCUACGCUCGAUCCGAUUUCCUUCCCAAGCUUGUUUCUUCACGCAUACAUUCUCAGCUCGAGUUCCUGGCCGUAGGGUCGUGGUGGGUACACCGAGAUGGGGCACUACACAAGAUUCCGAGCACUCGUGAGGAUGUCUUCAACGAUACAUCGCUAUCGAUGAAGGACAAACGUGCCUUGAUGAAGUUCCUUCGAUACGUACUGCAAGAAGACGCAGAAGAAUCACUUGAUCAAGAGGAAGAAACCUCGAUGUCACUGCAGGCAGCGCUUGAUACCAAGUUCAAGGUCCCCAAGUCUCUACAACCGCCUCUCCUUGCCCUCGCGCUCUCGCCGGUCGCUGCAGAUUUCUUAUCAUUCAACAAGGCUCUGGCCAGGAUCAGGAGACACCUGCGUUCGAUGGGCCAUUUUGGUCCGGGCUUUGGAGCUGUCAUCGCAAAGUAUGGUAGCACUUCGGAGAUCUCGCAGGUGGCUUGCAGAGCUGGAGCUGUCGGAGGUGGGGUCUAUCUUUUGGGGCACGAGCUGAAACAGCUUGACUCUGUCGACGAGGACUCCUCGCGUAUAGGCGAUAAAGGAGACAGUAUGUCUCUGCUUGAAGGUACACUUUCGGAUGGAACCCGGAUCAAAACUCGAUUUGUUGCCGGAUCCGUCGACGAUCUUUCACCACUACAGCAAACAUUGUCAGAUGUCACACCGUCUACUGGUACCUGGAAAUCCAUCAAUAUCGUGGCAGAUCCGCUGAAAGCUCUCUUUCCCCAAACCUCCGACAACGGGCCAGUCCCUGCGGCAGCGAUUGUGUUGAUCGACAGAGGCGACGAAGAAUCCGAUAAAAGCCCGAUUUACUUGCAAAUACACACCGAAGAUACGGGCGAAUGUCCAGCGGGUCAAUGUAUAAUAUAUGCCUCUUUGGCGGCUGACGAUGAGGCUGCAAAGGAUCGGCUGCAAUCUGCCGUCAACAGUUUCAUCGAGACGGCUGGGGUCAAAGAUUCGCUCCUCUGGUCGCUGUCUUAUUUGGUGCUGGGCCCUGCAGAGGAGCCGGAUUCAAGCUAUCCCCCACUACGCAAGCAUUCCUCCCAGGUCCUAGUCUUCUCACCAGAGCCCUACGACAUCUCUUUUCCUGACGGUGUUCUCGAUGCUGUAAAAGAGGCUUGGACAACAAUCCUUGGUGCGAGUGCAGCAGAUGAUACCUUUUUGCACUUCGAAGAAGGUGAAGCUGAGGUUGAGCAAUGA